AAUUCUUUAUGUUAUGAAAUACAUCCACGUCAACGUAAGUUGGAGAUAUUUUUCUGGCGAUUUAUGAUCACGAUAUCAAGAAAUAUUCCUUCCAUCUAAGGAAACGCUAACAUUGACAUGGGGUCUGUCUUGAGCUCUAAAAAGAAAAUUAAUGGUUUUAAGUUGAUGAGAUUAAUUGUUGAUGUUGGUGGAGAAGCUUUAAGAAUAACAUUGAGGAAACAGCUGUCAGGUACUGAUUUAUUUUACGUUUUAAAUAAUCCUAAAAUUUAUAAUCAGGUUUUGAUUCUAAAAAAUAAUCACACUUUAAAGCAACAUCAAUGGGAUCUACUGUAUCCUCCUCCUCCAAUAUUACCAAAUGAAAAUAAGUUCGACGUUACUUUACUUUGUAUUCUCCUGCGUAAUAUUUGUGGUUUAAAACCACCACGUGAUCCAAUAUGGACGUCAGUAAAUGACACCACUGAUCAUUCAACUGAAGCAGAUAUUACCCGUAUCAGGUUAUUUCGUAAUGAUCGUUUUGCUCACUUACCUAACACUUCAGUAAGCUCUUAUGACUUUGAAAAUUUUUGGGUAGAAAUAAGCGAACCAAUAGUUCGUUUAGGAAUAACUCAGAACGAAAUAGAUAGAUUGAGAAAUGACUUGUGUAGUAAUAAAGAAUGUGAAAGAAUAUUGAGAGAAUGGGAUAGAUUAAAGAGCGAUUUAACUGAUAUUAAAACUGAUCAGAGAGGUAUUAAGAAAACAGUGGAGGGUGUAAAGAAAGAUUUACAACAGGUAAAAGAUGAUGUCACAGUAAUUAAAGAUGAAGUACAUGAAAUACGACAUCACCCUCACUUAGGUCCAGAAGAAGAUAUUUUGACAAAAAACCUUGUCAGCUUUGACUUUGAAAGUGAAAUUAGGUACCAUUAUGAAAACUAUUUGCAUGGAACACGGGAAUGGGUUUUUAAAGAGUUUUUAGCUUGGUUUGAAGACGGCAAUUCCCAAAAUCGUGCAUUUGUUAUUUCUGCUGUUGCUGGCAUGGGGAAAUCUGUAAUUGCAGCUACUUUAUGUAAACUUUAUCCACAAUAUUUGACUGCAAUUCAUUUCUUUCAACACAAAAACAGUCGUUAUAAUAAAGCCAAUGUACUUCUUCAAUCUCUAGCGUUGCAAGUUAGUCGUAAGUUUCCUGCUUACAAACAACUUCUUGUGAAAAAACUUUCAGGUAAACUCUCUCAGCCUUUGAAUAACAUGAAUGUUGAAGGAUUAUUUUCCCUUCUUUUCACCGAGUUGUUUUAUAAUAUCUCAGAAGUUCCCAAGCGAAUGUUAGUUGUGCUUGAUGCUCUUGAUGAAUGUGGUUAUCCAGAAAGAGAUGACCUUGCUAAUUUGCUUGCUAAUCACUUACACAAACUUCCCUCUUGUUUUCGCUUUGUAAUUACAACCAGACCUAACGAAGUUGCUUUGAAUAAUUUCGAAAAAUUAAAUCCACUGUUCAUUAAUUGUAGCGAUGAUCGCAAUUUAGAGGAUAUUAAAUUUUUGAUUGAACAAAGAAUUGGCUCUACUGACAGCCUAUCUGAUGUUAAAAACAUAUUGGCAGAAAAAGCUGACGGACUUAUGUUGCUUGCAUCACUUCUUAGCAGUGAAGUCAAAAAUCAGGAAUUGUUGAAAGGUUCCAUACCAAAAGAUCUCAGUGAAUAUUACAAAAUUUGCUUAACAAGAUUAAGUAAGGAAUUAGAUUCGUUUGAUAUCAGUAACAAAACGUUUCAGUCAAUUUUAAAUGCUCUGGCUGUUGCUAAAGAAUCUCUUCCUUGGAAAAUGAUCGAUUACGUUCUUUGUUUUAAUUCGAAUCGCGACUCACUUGCAGUUAGAAAAAUUAUCUCUUGUCUGUUUGUUACCAAUGGAGAAGGAUGUGUUUCGUUUUUUCACAAAUCCUUAAAUGAUUGGCUGUUGGAUGAUCGAGAACAUGAUUAUUCAGUAAAAACUUCUUGUGGUCAUCGACUUGUUUUAGAAUUUUGUUUAAAAUCUUUGGAUAACCUCAAAGCUGAAGGUGUAAACUAUGACGUCAUUAAACAUGCGUCAGUGAGAUAUUCAGUCAAGUAUUGGUUGCUUCAUUUACUUGAUAGUUCUGAUAAUGAUUAUAUCGUUGAAAAUGUUGGUAAAUAUCUUGUUGACUUAGAAGUUUUAGUUGCUUCUAUGUUGGUGGACUCUCGUCGGACUUUUGAAAACUUUAAAUUAUUCAACGCACAUGAUGUGUACUUUCAUAUUUCUGAGGACAUUCGAUUGUUAUUUAAUGAAGUUUAUUCUGUAAUGACGCACUCUAGGCGCUUUGACAAUGAAGUAAAUUUUUUGGAAAACGUUGCCAAUGACGUCAAAGAUCUGUCGUCUCAAGCCACCACAAUGCUUCAAACACGUUUCAAACAUUUACCAUAUCUAGAGUGCAGAGACACGGGUUUUAUAAAAUCUCGAUUAUUACAUUCAUUUCAUUUGUUGAUGUCUGUUGAUGUUUCACGAAAUCAUGAUUACGUCGUCUGUGGUUAUGAAUUCGUCGUGCAACUUUUUUCAUUAAAAACAAACAGAUGUUUAUGGAUAAAAAAUAUUGCUGGUCAGUUUAAGCAAUAUAAAGAGAGAAAAUUUUGCGUUGUCUUUCAUCCAUUCGAAGAUUUGAUUUUUGCUUCGCAGCUCGAUAAGAUAUUAGAUAUUAAUGGUAAAAUUUCCUCCAGUCCGUUCCAUUGUGAGGAUUCUACUUCUAAGUUCUUUACCAACAAAUGUUUUUCUAAGGAUAAGUACACAAUGGUCACUAGUUACAAAGAUACUUUGACAGUAUGGGACGUUGAGAAAGGUGAGAAGAAACGCAGUAUUAGAUGUAAUAAUGUGACCUCACUGUGUUUUUCUAAUUCUGGAAGAUAUUUGUGUGUUUUUGGGAAAGAAAUAGCGUUUCAAAUAUUUGAUGUAGCGAAUAAUUAUGAAACAUUCUUUUAUGAGUAUCAUUUGCCGUCUCGUCAUUUAGGUCUGAUUGUUUCUUUGUUCACUGUUGGUCUUCAUUCUUGGUGUUGUUGCCAUUGUUUUCGAGGGUAUAAUCAUUUCAUUGUAAAUCCCACUGGUGAGAAACUUCCUUACAUUGAUCCUGUUUCCCAAAGUUUGUUUUUUCCUCUUGAUCCUUUCGAUGACAACAGAUCAACCUUUUCCGUUAUGUUUAGAGGAUUGUAUUAUUUUAUUUUGAACAACGAUAAUGUUCUUUUGUUUGAUCGCAUAGAUUUCUUUUAUCUUUAUUCAGUACCUCGUGCAUGUUUAACUAACAGUUACAGUUUUCUUAACGGGAAAUUUUGCUCAAAUGGAAAAUUUCUGUAUCGGAGCACUGAAGGAAAAUCAAAGGUAAUUAUAUACAAUCUCAACACAUUUGACUUUGUUGUCAAGAAAUGUUUUUUUAGUGACAUGGUUGCUGUAGAAAAUGGAGUUAUUUUGCUUACGAAAAAAAAUAUGCCUGAGCUUUGGAAUAAUGAUUUGACAAAACUUGUUUAUAGUUUCGAUGAACUAAAAGGUACAAACAAAGUUUUUGAGUUCGUGGUACAAUGCGCAAAAAUCAUCUUUCCACGAGAAUAAAUUUGAUCUUUGAUGAUAAAAUUUCAUCACAUGUUUGAUCAUCACAUGUCAACUACAUUAUCUUAAAGAAAAUUUCAUUCAGUUUUUAUGCAUGAUCUCCAACAUUGUUGACAUUUCAAUUAGUGUCUGUUUGCGUAUGGUUUUAUAAAAUGACCUUUGGCUAACUUUGAUUUUUCUGUAAAGAGACUGAAGUUUGACGAUAAUGUGAACAAUAAAGUAAAGUGUUUGAACCCGGGAGUAUCGUUACAUGUUUGUAGAUGUAAGUCG